AUGGGAAGCCUAGGAAUUCAACCGUUCCAGACCACUUUUGCAGUUCCACUCCACUGCGAGUCGUGUGUCAAAGACGUUUCUGGAGCUUUACACAAGCUGGAUGGAAUCACCAAGGUCGAAGCCAAUCUCAAAGACCAGCUUGUUUAUAUUGAAGGAACAGCACCUCCUUCGUCAAUCGUGUCAGCCAUUGAAUCUACUGGGCGGGAUGCCAUCUUAAGGGGAACCGGAAAGUCCAACUCCGCGGGCGUCUGUAUCUUGGAAACUCAUGCUAAAGGUGUGCGGGAUCCGGUCCGGGGUCUGGCGCGAAUGGUCCAAGUUGCCGACAACCAUACACUUGUGGACCUAACAGUACGUGGUGUAUCGCCGGGAACGUAUCAUGCUACGGUGCGGGAAACGGGAGACAUCUCCCGCGGGGCAGUUUCCACUGGCGGGAUUUGGGAAGCUAUCAAAAGCCUCGGGGGCUUUGGUCAGCCUCGAGGCAUGUUUGGCACGAUAGAGGUAGGCAAGGAUGGCCGCGGAAGCGCGUUCUUAGAUCGACCCGUAUCAAUCUGGGAGAUCAUAGGUCGAAGCAUGGUGGUGUCGAAACAACCAGAGGGAGCGUUUCAGACGGAUGAUCCGGAUACCCUGGUAGGAGUCAUUGCCCGCUCUGCGGGAGUUUGGGACAACGACAAGACGGUAUGUAGUUGUUCGGGAAAGACGGUCUGGGAUGAACGUAAGGAGCAGGUGGGAAAGGGCAUGUUAUGA